GGGGCGGCGGCGAUGCUGCCUCCUCCGUGAGUAGCGCCGACGAGGGCUCGGCGCUUGAGCCCGCAGAAAGCGCCGAGGCACUGCGGGCUGGGGUGGGUGGCUUCGGGCGCCUGCCGGGCCAUGGUGGCCGCGGGCGGUGGUUGCCGCGGCAGCGCUGCGGCCCGGAGCCGAGCGAGGCCGGGAAAGUCGCGGUGCUGACCCCCGCGGGGCCCAGUCGCAGAUAUGAAGCGGAGCCGCUGCCGCGACCGGCCGCAGCCGCCGCCGCCGCCGUCGCCAGCCCGCCUGGAGGAUGGGGCUCCGCGGGCGGCCGAGCUGCCCCAACCCCUGCCGCCGCGCCGGCGAGCGCCGCCCGGGAGGCAGCGACUGGACGAGAGAACCGGGCCCUCGGGGGCCGACGGAAGGGAGCAGGAUGUUGUAACUGGACUUAGUCCUCUGCUCUUCAGGAAGCUCAGUAAUCCUGACAUAUAUUCAUCCACUGGCAAAGCUAAACUCCAGCGACAACUUAGUCAGGAUGACUGUAAGUUACGGAGAGGAAGCCUGGCCAGUUCUCUGUCAGGUAAGCAGCUGCUCCCUUUGUCCAGCAGUGUGCACAGCAGUGUGGGACAGGUGACCUGGCAGUCUUCGGGAGAAGCAUCAAACCUUGUUCGAAUGAGAAACCAAUCCCUUGGACAGUCUGCACCUUCUCUUACUGCUGGCUUGAAGGAGUUGAGCCUUCCAAGAAGAGGCAGCUUUUGUCGGACAAGUAACCGCAAGAGCUUGAUUGUGACCUCUAACACAUCACCUACACUACCACGGCCACACUCACCACUCCAUGGCCAUACAGGUAACAGUCCUUUGGAUAGCCCCCGGAAUUUCUCUCCAAAUGCACCUGCUCACUUUUCCUUUAUUCCUGCCCGUAGCCAUGGCCACAGAACAGACAGGACUGAUGGACGCCGCUGGUCUUUGGCCUCUUUGCCUUCUUCAGGCUAUGGAACCAACACUCCUAGCUCCACUGUCUCAUCAUCAUGUUCCUCACAAGAAAAGCUGCAUCAGUUGCCUUUCCAACCUACAGCUGAUGAACUGCACUUUCUGACAAAGCAUUUCAGUACAGAGAGUGUACCAGAUGAGGAAGGACGACAGUCCCCAACCAUGCGGCCCCGCUCCCGUAGCCUCAGUCCUGGACGGUCCCCAGUUUCCUUUGACAGUGAAAUAAUAAUGAUGAAUCAUGUAUACAAAGAAAGAUUCCCCAAGGCCACCGCACAAAUGGAAGAGCGACUAGCAGAGUUCAUUUCCUCCAACACUCCAGAUAGUGUGUUGCCCUUGGCAGAUGGAGCCCUGAGUUUUAUUCAUCAUCAGGUGAUUGAAAUGGCCCGAGACUGCCUGGAUAAAUCUCGUAGUGGCCUCAUUACAUCACACUACUUCUAUGAACUUCAAGAGAAUUUGGAGAAACUUCUGCAAGAUGCUCACGAACGUUCAGAGAGCUCAGAGGUGGCCUUUGUGAUACAGCUGGUAAAAAAACUGAUGAUUAUCAUUGCCCGCCCUGCUCGUCUCCUAGAAUGCCUGUUUUUAGGAAAGAUUACUUUGACCUCAAAAUGGAUGGAGUUUGACCCUGAAGAGUUCUACCACCUGUUAGAAGCAGCUGAGGGCCAUGCCAAAGAGGGACAUGGAAUUAAAUGUGACAUUCCCCGCUACAUUGUUAGCCAACUGGGCCUCACAAGGGAUCCCCUAGAAGAAAUGGCCCAGCUAAGCAGCUAUGACAGUCCAGAUACUCCGGAGACAGAUGAUUCAGUUGAGGGCCGUGGGGCAUCUCUGCCAUCUAAAAAGACCCCCUCUGAAGAGGACUUCGAAACCAUUAAGCUUAUCAGCAAUGGCGCUUAUGGGGCCGUAUUCCUGGUGCGGCACAAGUCCACCCGGCAGCGCUUUGCGAUGAAGAAGAUCAACAAGCAGAACCUGAUCCUGCGAAACCAGAUCCAGCAGGCAUUUGUGGAGCGUGACAUACUGACGUUCGCUGAGAACCCCUUUGUGGUCAGCAUGUUCUGCUCCUUUGAGACCAAACGUCACUUGUGCAUGGUGAUGGAAUAUGUUGAAGGGGGAGACUGUGCCACUCUACUGAAGAACAUUGGGGCCCUGCCUGUAGACAUGGUGCGCCUGUACUUUGCGGAAACCGUGCUGGCCCUGGAGUACUUACACAACUAUGGCAUCGUGCACCGUGACCUCAAACCUGACAACCUCCUGAUUACAUCCAUGGGGCACAUCAAACUCACUGACUUUGGGCUUUCUAAAAUUGGCCUUAUGAGUCUGACAACCAACUUGUAUGAGGGCCACAUUGAAAAGGAUGCCCGGGAAUUCCUAGACAAGCAGGUGUGCGGGACCCCAGAGUACAUAGCGCCUGAGGUGAUCCUUCGUCAGGGCUAUGGGAAGCCAGUGGACUGGUGGGCCAUGGGCAUAAUCCUGUAUGAGUUCCUGGUGGGUUGCGUCCCUUUUUUUGGAGACACUCCGGAGGAGCUCUUUGGACAAGUGAUCAGUGAUGAAAUUGUGUGGCCUGAGGGUGAUGAUGCACUGCCCCCCGAUGCCCAGGACCUCACCUCCAAACUGCUCCACCAAAACCCUUUGGAGAGAUUGGGCACAGGUAGUGCCUGUGAGGUAAAACAGCACCCAUUCUUUACGGGUCUGGACUGGACAGGACUUCUUCGUCAGAAGGCUGAAUUUAUUCCUCAACUAGAGUCGGAGGAUGAUACCAGCUACUUUGACACCCGUUCGGAGCGAUACCACCAUGUAGACUCAGAGGAUGAGGAGGAAGUGAGUGAAGAUGGCUGCCUUGAGAUCCGCCAGUUCUCUUCCUGCUCUCCAAGGUUCAGCAAGGUGUACAGUAGCAUGGAGCGACUCUCACUGCUCGAGGAACGCCGGAUACCACCUCCCACCAAGCGCAGCCUGAGUGAGGAGAAAGAGGAUCGCACAGAUGGCCUGGCAGGGCUCAAGGGCCGGGACCGGAGCUGGGUUAUUGGCUCCCCUGAGAUAUUACGAAAGCGGUUGUCGGUGUCUGAGUCAUCCCAUACAGAGAGUGACUCAAGCCCUCCAAUGACAGUGCGACGCCGUUGCUCAGGCUUUCUAGAUGUGCCUCGCUUCUCUGAGAGCCCUGAGGAGGCUAGCAGCACCCCCAGGAGGCAGCAACAGGAGGGUAUAUGGCUCCUGACACCCCCUUCUGAAGAGGGAGCAUCUGGGCCUGCCCCUGAACGGCCAGUGGAGCGGCGGCUGAAGUUGGAUGAGGAGCCUGUUGGCCAGAGUAGAAGUUCCAGUCCAGCCAUGGAUAUCCGAGGCCGUGGGACCCCACAGUUGGCCGAGGGUGCCACAGCCAAGGCCAUCAGUGACCUGGCUGUGCGCAGGGCCCGUCACCGGCUACUCUCUGGAGACUCUGUAGAGAAACGCACCACUCGCCCUGUCAACAAAGUGAUCAAGUCUGCCUCAGCUACAGCCCUUUCCCUCCUCAUUCCUUCAGAACACCACACCUGCUCUCCAUUGGCAAGCCCCAUGUCCCCGCACUCUCAGUCAUCCAAUCCAUCAUCCAGAGACUCUUCUCCAAGCAGGGACUUCUUGCCAGCCCUUGGCAACUUGAAGCCUCCCAUCAUCAUCCACCGAGCUGGCAAGAAGUAUGGCUUCACCCUGCGGGCCAUUCGUGUCUACAUGGGUGACUCAGAUGUCUACACUGUGCACCACAUGGUGUGGCAUGUGGAGGAUGGAGGUCCAGCCAGUGAGGCAGGGCUUCGUCAGGGUGACCUCAUUACCCACGUCAAUGGGGAACCUGUGCAUGGGCUGGUACAUACAGAAGUGGUGGAGCUGAUUCUGAAGAGUGGAAACAAGGUAUCUAUUUCAACAACUCCCCUGGAGAACACAUCCAUUAAAGUGGGACCAGCUCGGAAAGGCAGCUACAAGGCCAAGAUGGCCCGAAGGAGCAAGCGAAGCCGGGGCAAGGAGGGGCAAGAAAGAAAAAGAAGCUCCCUAUUCCGGAAGAUUACCAAGCAGGCCUCCCUUCUGCACACCAGCCGCAGCCUUUCAUCUCUUAACCGCUCCUUGUCAUCUGGGGAGAGUGGGCCAGGCUCUCCCACACAUGGCCACAGCCUUUCUCCCAGAUCUCCCACUCAGGGCUACCGGGUAACUCCUGAUGCUGUUCACUCAGUGGGAGGGAAUUCAUCGCAGAGCAGCUCCCCCAGCUCCAGUGUACCCAGUUCCCCAGCUGGCUCUGGGCACACACGACCCAGUUCCCUACAUGGUCUGGCACCCAAGCUGCAACGCCAGUACCGCUCUCCACGACGCAAGUCAGCAGGCAGUAUUCCUCUCUCACCAUUAGCCCACACCCCUUCUCCACCACCACCAGCAGCUUCACCUCAGCGUUCCCCAUCACCCCUGUCUGGUCAUGGAGCCCAGACCUUUCCCACCAAACUCCACUUGUCUCCUCCACUAGGCAGACAACUCUCACGGCCCAAGAGUGCAGAGCCACCCCGCUCACCACUGCUUAAGAGGGUGCAGUCAGCUGAGAAACUGGCAGCUGCACUGGCUGCUUCUGAGAAGAAGUUGACCCCUUCUCGCAAGCAUAGUCUUGACCAGCCCCACUGUGAGCUAAAGAAGGAAUUGCCACCCAGGGAAGCCAACUCUCUGGAGGUAGUUGGAGCCAGGGGUGUACUGUCUGGGAAAGGGGUACUACCAGGAAAGGGGGUGCUGCAGCCUGCUCCUUCACGAGCCCUAGGCACCCUCCGGCAGGACCGAGCUGAACGACGAGAGUCACUGCAAAAGCAAGAAGCUAUCCGUGAGGUAGACUCCUCAGAGGAUGAUACUGAUGAAGAGCCUGAGAACAGCCAGGGUUUACAGGAGCCAAAAUUGGCACCCUACUCAGAAGCAGGCCAGAAGCCACCCCCCAGAGGAGCAGGAGAGGGUGGGGAAGAGGAUACCUUCUUGCCCAGGGACCUAAGAAACCAAGGUCUUGUGGUCCCAGGCCUGUUGACAGGGGUCAUUCUGGGCCCUCCCAGAAGAGAAGGUUCUGGCAUUCCCCAGAGGAGGCUUGGGAGCCCACAAGCAUUUGAGGAAGUUACUGGCUCCUCACCAUCCCCCAGCCUGGGUAGGUCUAGACCCACAGACGCUAUCCUGCCUGAAGACUGCUGGAAGACCCAGCACCUCCACAACCAGGCACUAACAGCACUUUGUCCCAGCUCUUCAGGACUCAUCCCCACCAGUUACUAUACUGCUGCCUCCAUCCCUGGGAAGCCAGACACAUGGUCCUGGAAAUUCCUUAUUGAGGGCCCAGACAGGGCAUCCCCAAGCAGAGAGACAGUAAUGACAGGUGGACCAGUCAACCCCCAGGAUUUGGAAGCCACAACUCCACCCCACCCUAAGAGCCUGUCUCCUGGGCAAGAGGGAAAACCACACUUACUCAGUGCCCCUGGGCUGGCCCAUCCACUUUGUGAGGUUCCCAGCCAAAGUUGGCUGUGGGAGUCUGAAUGUGCACAAGGACAGAAAGGGGAGCCAGCCCUGAGCAUCACCAAAGUGCCUGAUGCCUCAGGUGACAGGAGGCAGGAUGUUCCAUGCAGAGCUUACCCCCUCACCGAGGAGACUGGGCCCAGCCUUCUGUGGAGGGGCCAAGAACCAGGGGGGCAUCAAAAGCAUCAGGACUUGGCAUUGGUGUCAGAUGAGCUUUUAAAGCAAACAUAGCAGUUGUUUGCCAUUUCUUGCACUCAGACCUGUGUAAUACACCCUCCUGGAAACCAUCUUUUGUCUUUAGCUUGCUUCUUUUCUUCAGUCAUCACGCACAUACCUCUAGUGUGUUGCUCCUGGAAACACAGUGGUGGCUAAGACAGUUUACAACCUCAGGGUAGGGACACCUAAUUAAGCUUCACUUCUCAAAAACCAUGAGACAUCUGAGCUCAAGCAUGAAGAGUAGACACUAGGUAGUAGUUUGCUGGGUAUGGAAGAGUGGGGGUUGGUUUAGGAAAGAGUGUAUGUAGCACAUACAAUAUACCUGAUGUGUUCAAGGAACCAAAAAUAAUUCAAAGUGGAAAUGGGUCUGGCAAGUUAACCAAGGGCCUUAUCUAAUGGUCCUUCAGGAGUUAGAAAUUGUGUUGGUACUGGAGAUCCAAAGAAGGCUGUGUAACAACUAAUAGUCCUGCCUUAUAAAUAAGGAAUAUUAGACUUUAUAGGUUGGGCAGAGCAUAGGUCUCUUUUAACUCUGGAACCCACAUUCAUCUCCUAACUUAGAGUGCCUCUUAACCAGUAAAUCAAGAGAAAGGUAAAAGGAGGUGGGAUUAAUUUUGGAUAUUUAGUUUGAGCCAUUUGUGGGACAUCCAGAUAAUGAUUGGGUGCAUGGGUCUGAACUACAUAGAAAUAAGUACCAUCAAUGUAUCAGCAGUGACAUAUUCAGGAACACUGAUAGGUAAGGCAAAGAAAGAAGACCCAGAAACUGCAGUCAGGCCAGGAGUUUAGCUCAGUAGUGAAACAAUUGCCUACUAUGCACAAAAGCCCUCAGCACUGAAAAAAAGAAAAAAAAUUAAAAUCUAAGAGAGGGAAGAGCUUCAAAAUGAAAGGAAUAGUUAUUUGAUAAAAUGCUGAGAUCAGCUGAGAUGAAAACAGAAAAUUGCCUAUUAGUAAUAGGUCCUUAAGUGUUUUUUGCCAGUGAGUCCCUCCUAGGCUAUUGUCAGGUAGGCCCUUGCACUGGAGGUGGACGUUGCUAAGUGUUGCCCCCAUUGAGUAGAGUGUACUUGAUAGGUAGUGUGAAAAGAGGAUAUCAUUGAGACCAGGGUUUAGGAGUCAGGUAGUGAUAACACAGAGCAGGGAGUGCCAGGGCUAGAAGAGGAGGAGUACCUCCAUAGUAAGACCAGACUUACAAAACCGCCUUGCACUGAUUGUUGUGCUAACUCUUGAAGAUUUAAUGCCUAGGUGUGAAGGACAGGUGUCAGGUGGCCUGGAGAGAGGAAAGUACCUCUGGGCCACUAGCUUAGUGUUUCUUGUACCUUACAGACUUUGCAGCUUUGUCAUCCUACACGGGAAGACAGUGGCCACCAGAGGGCGGGCUCUGCCCAUGAUGGCAGAGCCCACUGUGGGGACAUUUGUUCCCUCAGCCUUCCACUCCUUUCUUGACUUCACUUCCUCCUUGCUAAAGUUAUUCAUUGACAGCAUAUCUGGAGUGCCUGACCUGGGCAAUGGAAAGGCCACAGGUUGUUCCCUGGAGAAUUGCUGGAGGAUGGCUGGAGGAGCUGGGGAGGAGUGUCCCACGUGUAAUAUCAGGAUCUGGUCAAAAGCACUAUACCAUAGGUGAAAGGGGUCGGAGGAAGCAGAUCUUGCAAUUUCAUGGGAACUGCCUUCUUAAAGAGGGAGAGAACACAAAGAUGUCAAACAUCCUGUAAUGUAAAUGCACAAGCACCUGCCCCAAGCACCAGCUCCUCUUAAACACUGCUGGGUUAUCCCAAGGGCAGAGAAGAGUUCCUGAAAGUCUCCUUAAGGGAAGUGAUACCAGGUUUAUGUUUUAGGAAAAUCACUGGCUGCACAGUAGACCAGUGGAAUGUGCAGGCCAUGGGCCACAGAUGCAGGGACCCAGAUGAUCUAGAUAAUUGGAGAGACAAGGAAGAGAAGCUGAAUACAGAUGGUAAUUGGGCAAUAUGAGAUAAGGACUGCCUAGGGAAUGUGCAGAUGCAGAAAGAAUGUGCUAAUCCAAGACUUUUGGAUUAGCAGAGGGAACAGCCAGUGAAAAUGGGGGAUGAGAUCCUAAAUCAGGAUGAAGCAGACCAUUUUAAAAAUUUUGUAAUUUGUAGUCUUAAUGACUUGGCAGGAGGAUCACUUCAGCCCAAGAGUUCAGGACAGCCUAGGAAGCACAGCAUAAGACCUGUCUCAUUUAAAAAAUAAUAAUUCUGAUUCAUCCUAGGAGGAAUUGAAUGUUAUUUAAUGUUUUACACAGACUUAGGUUUGCAUUUUGAAAAGAUAACUGGUUGUUGUAAUGAGAAUGGAUUUAAGGGGGGCAAGAAUGGAAGAACCCAAUUGAAGUGGUUUAUACCUAUAAUCCCAGCUACUUGGGAGCCAGCCCAGGCAAAAAAGUUAGGGAAACCCUAUCUCAAAACAAGAUAGGCAUGAUGGCACACACCACACCCAGUUACAUGGGAAACCUCAGUAGGAGGAUCACAGUCCAGGCUGGACCAGGCAAAAAAAAAAUGAGACGUUUUCUGAAAAAUAACUGG